CUAGGAGUGAAAGAACUGGGUGUGGAAUUCGUUCCAAUUGAUCAGCUAUAUUCGGAAGCUGAUUUUAUCAUCCUAACCUGCUUGGCAACUGAACAGAACAGAGGCAUGAUUGACAAGAGCGCUUUAUCAAAAAUGAAGAAGAAUGCCAUACUGAUCAAUACUAGCAGAGGCACGCUGGUAAAUCAAAAAGAUUUGUAUGAAGCACUGGAUAAAGGAGAAAUCCGGUCUGCGGGACUGGAUGUAACAACACCAGAACCAUUGCCUUUGGACGAUCCACUGUUCAAACUCAAGAACUGCGUAAUUUUGCCACACAUUGGUUCCGCAACAGAGGCAACAAGAAAAGAGAUGAUGGAGCUUGCAGAAACAAAUCUAAUCAGCGGAUUAACUGGAAAGAAAAUUUCAGACAGAAUUCGUGCUGCCUAG